AUGGCGGCGCAAGCAAUUAAGAGUGCUCUGCCUACUCACCUUAAGCCGGGCAACGGCGAUGAGGCCGAGUUUGCGAAGAGGCAUCACGGCAAGACGAGAUCCCACAUGGCCUUUGAGAACACCUCGACCAACAUCGCGGCGGCCCAGAUGCGCAAUGCUCUGACGAACUUGGCCGAGACGGUGAAGGACCCGGAGCACAAGAAGCUGUUCGAGAUCGAGAUGGACAACUUUUUCUCGCUCUUCCGCCGCUACCUGAACGACAAGGCGAAGGGCAACCAGGUUUCGUGGGACCGUAUAGCCCCUCCCGCCGAGGGCCAGGUCGUCGAUUAUGAUGAUCUUUCCAAUUCCGAGUCGGUCAACUUCCUUAACAAGCUGGCCGUGCUCAAGCUCAACGGUGGUCUCGGUACCUCCAUGGGUUGCGUUGGCCCGAAGUCGGUCAUCGAGGUCCGUGACGGCAUGUCCUUCCUCGACAUGUCGGUCCGCCAGGUCGAGUACCUCAACCGCACAUACGGCUCCAACGUGCCCAUCCUCCUCAUGAACUCGUUCAACACUGACGACGACACCGCCGCCAUCAUCAAGAAGUACGAGGGCCACAACGUCGACAUCCUUACCUUCAACCAGUCUCGGUACCCCAGAAUCUACAAGGACUCCCUCCUCCCGGUCCCCAAGUCGUUCGACUCGGCCCUCCACGACUGGUACCCCCCCGGACACGGUGACGUGUUUGAGUCGUUGUACAACUCGGGCAUCUUGGACAAGCUCCUGGCUCGUGGCAUCGAGAUCAUCUUCCUUUCCAACGCUGACAACCUCGGCGCCGUCGUCGACCUCCGCAUUCUCCAGCACAUGGUGGAGAGCGAGGCUGAGUACGUCAUGGAACUGACCAACAAGACCAAGGCCGACGUCAAGGGUGGUACCAUCAUCGACGACGAGGGCAGCGUGCGUCUUCUCGAAAUUGCCCAGGUACCCAAGGAGCAUGUGAACGAGUUCAAGUCGAUCAAGAAGUUCAAGUACUUCAACACCAACAACAUCUGGAUGAACCUCAAGGCCAUCAAGCGUGUGGUUGAGAACGACGAGCUUGAGAUGGAGAUCAUCCCCAACGGCAAGACCAUCCCCGGCGACAAGAAGGGCGAGUCCGACAUCAGCAUCCUGCAGCUCGAGACCGCCGUCGGCGCUGCCAUCAAGCACUUCAAGAACGCACAUGGUGUUAACGUCCCCCGCCGCCGUUUCCUGCCCGUCAAGACCUGCUCCGACCUGAUGCUCGUCAAGUCGGAUCUGUACACCGUCAAGCACGGCCAACUGCAGAUGAGCGCCAGCCGCUUCGGUGACGCACCACUUAUUAAGCUCGGUGGUGACUUUAAGAAGGUCUCGGACUUCCAGAAGCGCAUUCCCAGCAUCCCCAAGAUCAUUGAACUUGAUCAUCUCACCAUCACCGGUGCUGUUAACCUUGGCCGUGGCGUCACUCUCAAGGGCACCGUCAUCAUUGUUGCAACCGAGGGUCAGACCAUUGACAUCCCUCCCGGAUCCAUCCUGGAGAAUGUCGUUGUCCAGGGUAGCUUGCGCCUGCUUGAGCACUAA